AUGGUCAGAAAAUCAAAGAAAGGUUUGUCCAUGGCCACUUUGGCAUGCAAGUCGAAACAUUCCAGGUCAGAGCCACUCUUUCAAGCAAUCUUGAAGUGUGCCUGGACGGACAUUCGACACUACUUCAUUUCAGGGACAUGGAAAUCUGAUGACUACGAAGAUUCUACAAGCCCAGCCUACCUCCAAGCUCGGAAAGAAUCCACCUACCUCGACAGCUUCAGUCGGGAACGCGUCCGACAGCUGCCCCUCCAUGCUGCCAUUUCCCAUUUGGCACCUCUAUCGAUUGUCGUUGAUAUCGUGCGGUUGUACCCUGAGGCCGUGAAUAUUCGCGAUAGCAAGGGCCAUUUGCCACUUCAUCUUGCCGUCCUUACGAAUGCCGAGGAUGUUGCCAUGUACCUCCUUAAAGUGUCGCCAGAUGCAUUUGAAGAAGCAAGAGAUCCAGCAGUGCUAAUGGAGUGUGACCAUGAUUCUUUCCGUUCAUUGGAACAAGAACAGUUGUUUCCCAAAGUUGACAGAAGUGAGAUGAAACAGUUGGAACUUCGAGUGGCCCGAGACGCGCGACGGAUGGCCGAAGCUCAGGAAGAGCUGCAGGAUCUCAUGGACAGCUUCCGAAUGAUUCGCAGUAGUAAUGGUCGUGAAUUGGGCUUCUGUUGA